AUGCUCGCUGGCUUCCUCCUUCUGCUCGUCCUCACAGGCGAGGUCUCUCCUGUCCUCUCAGACGGGGAGAUCUCCAGCGGUAAUUGCAGUUAUCGGGAUCUUUUAAGGCACUUGAAGAUCCAGGAUAAUAAGCUGUUCUCCAUGACUCGGCCUGUCACUCACUACAAUAAUUACACAGAGGUAAUCCUGGAUGUGCUCAUCUAUGCCAUCCUGGAUGUGAAAGAGAAGGAACAGAAAUUUGUUUCGUACGUUUGGAUCGAUAUGUUCUGGUACGAUUACUACAUUUCUUGGGAUCCUGAUCAAUUCUGUGGUAUUAGAAACAUAACUCUUCCUACUGAUGCAGUGUGGAACCCAGAUCUUACUAUUGAAGAGAUAACAGAGAAGGACAAGGCCUCUAAGAGUAUUUAUCUCGUCGCGUACAGCGACGGUAAAAUCUUACUCAGGAACGACAUGGUGGUGAUCAGCACCUGCCGGAUGCAAGUCUACAAAUUUCCCUUCGACAGACAGAGCUGCGACCUCUCUUUCAAGUCUGUCAUACACUCCAUGAACGAAAUCCGGUUUGUUCAGUUCAGCAACUCUUCACGGACCGCCGAGUGGUCUCGCACGAUGAUGCAGACCCAGUCCGAGUGGCUGUUCGACGACAUGAUAGUCUCCACCAAAACGGUCAACAAUUUUGGCAUCCUUCAGAGCAUGUUGGUUUGCACUAUCGUCAUGAAGAGGCGCUCUGUCCUCUACAUCGUCAACUUCAUGCUGCCCAUUAUGUUGUUCCUCAGUCUGGACUUGGCCUCCUUCCUGAUCUCCGACAGCGGCGGCGAGAAGCUCAGCUUUAAAGUCACCGUGCUGCUCGCCGUCACUGUGAUGCAGCUCAUUCUCAAUGAAAUUCUGCCGGCCUCUUCGGAUCGGAUUCCACUCAUAGCGCUCUACUGCGUUGGGAUUUUUGGUCUGAUGCUCAUGAGCCUCCUGGAGACGAUCGUGGUGAUGUACCUGAUUAGGAAAGACUCUGAGGCCCAAGACAACGAGGAAGACAAAGACCAAAGCCAGAGCGAGGACUGUGGGGUCAAACCAGGCAUAGUCAGCAGCCAUAACUGUUUUAGAGACGUUAAUAAAUUGAUUCACUGUCCCUGUCCCUGUGAUGUGUCUCCUGGUGAAACAUCAUCUGAACUGCUGCCAGUGACCAGAGAGGGUAGCAGCGGCCAACUGACGGAGGAAUCCUGCAACCCUGAGAAGCUCCCAGGUGAAAUGACGGGCGCGGUGAAAACACCUGCUGCUAAGAAAGGAAGAAAGCCUGGCUACUGGACCAGAGUGGCUCAAACAAUCAACAAAGUCUUCUUCUUUGUCUAUAUCGCAGGCGCCGGCCUGUUCUUAGGCUCUCUGUUUUUGAGUUGGGACAGAACAGACUAA